AAACAUGAACAAAAGUGAGUAUCCUAACACCUUUAUGUGUGUAUUUCACACAUCACCACUACAUCUAUAAAUAUAUCAUUCCACAAUUACAGAUUCUGUCAGGAAAAAGAAUUCAUACAGAGAAAUCCGAGAAAUGGAGGUGAAAAAGAAAAAUAACCAUACACCUCACUAUCUGGUCCUGCCUUAUCCAGCACAAGGCCACAUGAAUCCCAUGAUCCAGUUCUCAAAGCGGUUGGUGCAGAGAGGAGUUAAAGUCACACUGGUGACUAUAGUUUCCCUUUGGAAAACCAUCACCAACAAAAACCUCACUUCCAUUGAAAUUGAGAGCAUCUCAGAUGGCUAUGAUGAAGGAGGGUUUGCAGCAGCAGAGAGCACAGAAAUUUAUUUAGAAACCUUCUGGCGUGUGGGGUCACAAACUCUUUCUGAGCUUAUUCACAAGCUUUCAAGCUCAAAUAAUCACCCUCCAAUUUGUGUUAUCUAUGAUGCUUUCUUGCCUUGGGCCCUUGAUGUUGCCAAGGAAUUUGGCCUCCUUGGUGCUGCUUUCUUCACCCAAUCUUGUUCUGUUAACAACAUAUACUUCCAUGCUCAACAGAAUUUGAUUGAGUUGCCUCUUUCACAGACAGAGAUUGUCAUACCAGGGUUGCCAAAACUAGGACCUAGGGACUUGCCUUCUUUCUUGUAUAAGUAUGGAUCCUACCCAGGGUGGUUUAAUGUAGUUGUGGAUCAGUUUUCCAACAUUGGUAAAGCAGAUUGGAUCCUUGCAAACACAUUUUAUGAACUGGAACAAGAGGUGGUGGAUUGGUUGGUGAAAACUUGGCCAUUAAAGACAGUAGGACCAUCCCUGCCAUCAAUGUUUUUGGACAAGAGACUCCAAGAUGACCAGGACUAUGGUCUUAGCCUCUUAGAUCCCAAUACAGAAGCUUGCACCAAGUGGCUUGAUGAAAAGCCUAAAGAGUCAGUUGUGUAUGUCUCUUUUGGGAGCAUGGCAGGUCUUAGUGAGCAGCAAACUGAGGAAGUAGCUUGGGGUUUGAGAGAUAGUGGUAGCUAUUUCAUAUGGGUGGUUAGAGCUUCUGAACAAGAUAAGCUUCCAAAGGGAUUUGUGGAGACAACAGAGAAGGGUUUAAUAGUCACAUGGUGUCCUCAGUUACUGGUCUUGAAACAUCAAGCUUUGGGGUGCUUUCUCACACACUGUGGUUGGAACUCCACAUUGGAAUCUGUGAGCUUAGGGGUUCCAGUGAUUGCAAUGCCACUGUGGACUGACCAAGUCACAAAUGGGAAGCUGAUUGUUGAUUUGUGGAAAACUGGAGUCAGAGCUGUUGCUGAUGAGAAAGAGAUAGUGAGAAGAGAAACAAUUAAGAAUUGCAUAAAGGAAAUUAUUGAGACUGAAAAGAUAAAUGAAAUAAAGAGCAAUGCCAUCAAAUGGAUGAAUCUGGCCAAGGAUUCUCUUGCUGAGGGAGGAAGAUCUGAUAAAAAUAUUGCAGAGUUUGUUGCUGCACUGGAUCACUUCUGAGCUGCUUUAUAUUAAUAUAUUCUGUUAUGCUUAUAUUCUGUUCAGAACUGUUCUUGGUGGCUUCUGAAUCUGUGUUACUAUCAAUAAAUUGUUUAAUUUUCAA